CAGGAACUUCAAGCCAUCGUGAUCAUAUUUUCAAAAGAUUUUAGCAAGACUACAAAGUGACAUUAUUUAUUGUUGGAAGCUGAGUUUUCAAAAAUGGAAUCAAAAUGGAUAAUAGCUAACUCAGAAGAGACUAACACUGCCUUUGAAAAUGUUAUAGCCUUUACAAAUGGCACUUAUGGACUGAAACAACCUCCAGUGAUCAGAUCAGCCGCAGCCAGUUCAAAUUUCUGUGUGUUAGCCAUAGACAGCAUGUUGGCUGUUGUUCAUGAACAGGAUGUUUGCUGUACCUACUUCAAAGGAAAAAUAGAGGAUGUUGCUAUCUUAGAAGGUGGUUACAUAGCUGUCGCUGAUCAGACUGGAGCUUUGGCUUUGGGAGUCUUCAAUGAGAAGUUUAAAGUUAAACAUUCCUGUAAUUUUAUCACUGAGAAAUCAGCAUGUCAGGAGAAUGUUUAUACGAAAAUUGAGUUCCAAAGGACAGUAGAUGAUUCAGGGAGGACAUUAGCAAGAUUAGCAUGUUUAUGUACUUCUGGUCGAUUGCUGGUUUUCAAAAAUAUUUUACUGCUAAACGGAGAUUUAGAUUUAUCACUGGUGACCAUGGACAGACUGGAGUCUGCCCACAUUCAAGCUUUUGAUUUUAUUAGUACAGAAAUGUCUAUUGUAACUGUGGGUUCUGGAGCUGACUGUCUGGCCGUUUACACUUUUGAAAACUCAACAUUUUGUCUCAGUCAAACUGCUUCUCUAGAGAAUGAUAGGGAGCUGGUUAAAAUCCAAGUGUUGUCCUCUGCAAAUAUUUACUUGACCUUGGAUUCACAAGGCACAGUUCAUAUAUGGGAUGCCUUCACACUGUGUAUUGUGUACACCUGGUCAAUGCAAGGUGUUGAUGAUUUCCGAAUCAUGGAGCAUAAAACUGAACAGAACUUGAGGUUGGAGAAUAUAACUCUGUUGACAAAAGGAGAAGAUAAAUUGUGCAGUUAUGAAAUGUUAACUAAAAGUGUUAAAGAGUUCAUGCCGAGGGCAGACUUGACACGCUUCAGCAAGUGGCCGCAGACUGAUGAUGAUAUUUUUGUGGCCACCUGUGCUGUUGAUAAUGAAGAUGGUCAAAUGACAGUGUCUUUACAAAAUUUUGCAGAGACCUCACCUCAUAAAAGAUUACAGUAUCUCCUGUCCAGAAGAAGAUUUGAUGAAGCUGAGAUGUUAGCCAAGCUACAUGGACUUCACUUUGUUCUGGAGCCAGUGUUUGUGCAACAGAGAUUGAGGGAGUCCAAAGAAACGUUUGAGGAGACUCGUCGACACAUUGCCAAGUGUAAAGUUCAGCUGUUAGAAAACAAGUCAAGGGACGAAAAGGUGGCACAGAUUCUGUCAGAGAUCAGUGACAUGGAGCGGAGACUUGAGGCGUACGCUCGUGUUUUUGGUGAAAAUCAUUUCAGUACCAAGGUGUGGGCUAUAUUCCAAGUUGAGGAACCUGCUGUGCUGUUUGAGGAGCUUCUGCUAAGAGAAGCAGAGAGGGCUUUUAUAUUUUGGGAAUGUUACAAAGAUGACUUGGUACUGCUUCUGAAGCCAUUAAAGAUAAGAAUGAUUUUAAAUAGCAUACCAAGCCAGGUUCCUUGCGUAAAUACUCGUGAUUGGCUGAUCAAUUGGGUCAUACCUUUUAUGAUACCAAGAGACCCUGAUGCUGUUACUGCCGUUAUAGAAUGGACAGAACAGCAAGUGUCAGUUAUGGAAGCUACAAACAAAAAAUCCUGGUCAACAGAUGCCAUCAACUUCUGCCAGAUUGUACUUGAAAAUUUAGAACUGGCUGCCAACUGUGAUAUUCAUUCUUUUGAUCCUGCUAUGCUGAUGACAGUGAAGAGUAAAUUUAGUUGUGCUUCUCUUUUGACGCCACUUCGUGACUUAAUCAAAUGCCUUCACUGGCUGGAUGACCUUUGCACCAAAUACAACUAUAACAUAGGUCUUGAGGCUCUCAAGAAGGAGACCCAAGAAUCUGUUGUGUUUCGUAUGUUGGACAGAGUGAUGAUGGUGGACUUGUUGCCCCAGACGUUACAGGACCAGGUGUUGCCCUAUAUCCAGCACAAUGACCUGCAAGCUGACCAGUUGUUUGCUGGCUAUGUCCAGGAUUUACUAGACAGAUCAGCAGGCGGCACGAUGCACUAUCUUGUCAUAGAGAAAAUGAAAGCUUUUAUUAGACUCAUUGGUAGCCUGAAGGAGAAGACAAAUGCGGUGUUAAAUCUGCUGAACUCAGUUACGUUUCCUUUACCAGAGUUUGUGAAAGAGAUAACUGAAGAAAUUCUCAGCAAACACCCUGAACUUCCUGAGCUGAAACUAAAAUGGCGGAUGACAGAUGCCAAUAACACAAUAUUUACAUAUGGCAUUCAGCCAAGUUCUGUGAAAACUGUAUCUCAUGUCAAGCUGGUGGCCCAGUACAUCAUAGCUCAGGGUGGUCAGUUCAGUGAUGUGGAGAAACUUUUGUCUGCCAAUAAUGUUUCUGAUGGUGGGAGAGUGGACCUGCACUACUUUCAGUGUCAGUUGUUUGUGGACAGAGACCAGUUAGAUUCACUGAGAAGUUACUUGAGGACACUCACCCAUGACACAGCCAAGCAAUGUUGUUUACGACUAAUAGCAGUGGGCAAGUCUCUGGUGUCUGACCAUGACCUUGAAAAGGCAUUCAGGAUGCUAUACUUUGAAGCUAUUGACAUUGCUUCAGCCAUGUUGCUUUCCUUGACUGAUAACUUGAUUGAGAAAGGUGAUAUUGAGCAACAGUUACAGGCUGUUAGAAAUCAGAAAAAACUGGAGGUUCACUACAGUGUUCUUGUAAAUUACACUAUUCUGGAAGACAAAGGGAAAUGCUUAAAGAUACUGAAAGAGCAGACGGACAAGUUGAAGUUCAAUGAAAUCUUUUAUUUUUCCAGCUUAUUGAGCAUAGAAGAUUUUGAAACCCUCAAAGUUGUCAUGCAGAGAGCAUCUGCUUUAUGUCCAUUCAACUCUCUUGGCCAGUUCAUGCUCAAACUAAGCGAAUUAAUCCCACCAACGUCACUAUCUGCCGAGUUCCUCCAGAGUGUUGUAGAGCUGUUGUCAGCACAAGAUAUUUGUUGGCCAUACUUGUGUCAUCGACUUAGUCAACUCUUCUGGGCACACCUAGCACCAGAAAAUUUCAAUGAACUUAAGGAAAUGUGUUGCUUGUCGACCAUAAUGGUUCAUAUGUUUGAACAAAGUCAGGCUGUGUGCUCUAGAGCAGGAAAUGAACUGUGGCCUGAUGACUACUUCACUGACCUAGUGUCAGAUAUUAGUCCAGACUUUCUUUUCACAGAUCUGUUGGAGACUUUACAAUUCAUUUCUGAAGAUGACCAUGAGAAUGCAUUAGUCAAGAUGACAGUUUUACUUGAAGAUUUAGUCAAAUCUGGUCAAAAUCAGAUAGUCAUGAAAAUUCUCAUCAUGGUAUUUUACUCCAGUAAUUCAACUGCCUUUUUGUCUUAUAACAAACUUGCGGAUCACAAUGUUUGCAGUUUGGUUUCUGAGGAAAUUAGAAAUGCUGCAACAUCUCUGGUUAGCCAGAUGGUUGAAAGACCUCGUUUGGAUCCGCUAUUAGCUCUGGCCACGGUAGUUGUCCUGCCCAAAGAUCAAGCUGGCUCUCUUCUCAAGUCUGCUGUGGAGUCAUGUGGAAGUAAUUUCAGCAAGAUGAAGAGAAUUUCUCUCCUGGCCACUGCUGCUGCUGAAAUCUACAAAGAUAGUAAACUAAUUGAGGAAUGCCGCACUUUAAAUUUGGCAGCCAAGUGGGGAGUCAGGCUUUCUAAGAUUGGUAUACAGUUCAAGUACGGACAAGCCAGCCUCCUGACAGCUGCCUGUGAUGCCUUACAGAAAUUAAUACAAAGUCCUCACUGUCAAGCUGACAUUCUCUUAGAGUAUUUCAGGGAUAUGCAGUUGGAGUCCUUCUUGUUGAAUGAGAGCCUUAUGAAACUGUUUGAGUCUUGUCUCAUCAAACAGAGCCACGGCAAGAGCUCUGAGAAAGUGCUGGCAAGGGCAAAGUCUUUUCUAUCCUUGAUCAAAAACAACAAGCUGAAACUGCUGAAAAAUAUUGUGCCAAAGAUCAGCUCUUACAAUUAUGAGGCCUUGGAGUUUGUCCUGACUGAAAUAUUGGCACUAGAAGCUAAUGAAGAAGCAAGUCAGGGCAUAGAUUUGAUCAGAUAUUUGAAAUACUACACUCGCUGCACUGUGCCAUCAGAAACAGAGAUAAGGAUUUGCAGGAAAGAACUGGAAUCUGAAGAGUUGGCAGGUGUUUUGCCAGAGAUCUCAAGCGCACGACUUCCAUAUCAUCUGCUGAAGGGCAUUAACUGUGGUAAAAUAAUUACACCAGAAAUGAAGCCUCAGACCUUGACCUACUGGUUAAAUUUAGCAUCCGUCUUAAACCUGAAGAGGGACAUUGUGAUUGGAAACACUGUGUCCAACGUGAUGGAAAGCUACUUACAGUCUGCGGCUGUGAACACUUCAUCCGCCACUGUCAGCUCUGAGUUCUUGUCUGUAGCUAAUCAAGUGGAGGCCAUUUUAUCAAGAGUGGAAGACAAACGGUACCAGGCAGAGCUGUGUUGUAACUCACUGCUGGACAGAUUUAGACACGCGGGAGAACUUACUCUUGUACUUCAAAUUGCCUUGAGAUACGCAGAGCAGUGGUUAGCUUCAGCCCGUGAGUCGGGUCAGGCACAGGAAGAGAAGACUGCUAAGCAGUACGUUGAUCUGUUCACCAAGAAGCUGAGAGCAAGCUCCACCCAGUGGGCGCUGCACAAGAUUGGCCUGCAUAAAGAUGCUGAGCUGGUGUCUCUGGUGAAGCAGCCCAAAGAGUUGAUCUUCAAGCUGUACCACCAUUCAGCUGUUGUGGAUAACACUCGGGGGAGAAGAGACGUGAAUUUAGCAAGUGACGAGAUAGCUGCUGUACAUGGCCUGAAUAUCACAGAAAUACGCCAGUCACUACUUGAUAAAUGGUUGCUCGGGGCUCCAGCUUCCUCUGGAGAUCUUGACCAGACUAUGACAUUUGGAAAUGUGUGUGAAAAUGUGAAUGAAGAAGAAGAUAUAGAAAGGUCUGUGUAUGUUUUAUCAUCGAGUGACAGACAAAGGUGUUUGAGCUACUUAGCUGACUACCUAAGACAAGUUUGGAUCCAGUCCCAAGCCAAGAAAAAAAUUCUCUUUGUCAUCUUGAAGAGUGGGGGAGAUGUGGAGAUGAGCAACCUAGAAAAAGUCAUCAGCUGAACUUUGAUUGGUGCUUUAAGCAGCUUGAAUCAGAUGUAUGGUUCUUUCAGCAGCUUGUUUCAGACGUAUGGUUCUUUCAGCAGCUUGUAUCAGAUGCAAACAUUAUUAUUUGUUGGGACUACUUUGUGCAAUUAUUUUGAUGUUUUAACAACACUUUGUAUGUACAAGUUGAUCAGCCUUGGAGUUGUAUGUCCAAGCUGAUUAGCCAGAGUCGUAUGUACGAGUUGAUCACUUUUAGAUUUGUAGUUAUGAUUUGCUUGUUUGUGUGGAUCACUUUGUAUGUAUGAUUUGUACAUAUUCACAUAACUAGAAAUGAAUUCUUCACAACUUUAACAAUUUGUUUGAAAAGUUUAUUUGAUUGAGACUUGAAUCACACAUCAAUAAUUGUGACAUUCACCUUGUAGGAUAUAGACUUACAUUUUACUUGGGGAAUUAUUCCUCCGGUUUGUAUA